UUGAUAAACCUCCUCCUCCAAUAUUCUAAAAUUUGAGCAGUCACCAUGGUAACAAAUGGAAGGUUCCAGCUGAAUGCUCUUCUGGAACAUUAAGUAUAAAUUGCUCUUUAUUCCUAACCCCCAGUGUCCACUUCUCUCACACAUUGAUUGCCACCUCAAACAGGACUGCUCUUCCCACUUUCCUAGACACACACUCACACUCUCUCCCUCCCCUCUUUACACAUGUGCCAGGUCCUGAUUGGGCAGACACUGCAGUCUGAAACAUAAACAAACAUAAGACAGGCGGCUCCAGACAGACAGCCUGCCCGAACAAACAGAACUGGACCAGUACCUAAACCCUGGUCCUGCACCAUCUGACUGUGCCCUGCACAGCUCCAGGCUCCAUAUAGUGAGAACUCAGCCUUCAGCACCAGGAGCGGACAGCUCCAGGCGGAGAGGGGGAGGUGGGGCACACUGUGUAUUUGGGGAUUGGAUGCCCAGUCCAUGGCUGAGUGGUACACACUCUGAGCUCUGAUGCUAUAGACGUGCCAGCCAGGAGCAGGGCAUAUAACAGGGCAUUUAUAACAGGCUAGCAUGGGCGGCAGGCUCAGCAGGCAGAGCAGCCUGGAGGAUGAGCCCGAGGACGGGCUGGAGGUAGCCGGGUCACGGGGGGACUUUGCCUUCCCAUCGCUGAUGCUGAGCUCUGAGCGGAUCCACGGGGUGCUGCGCAGGAACAAGCCGGCUCCCUACGUGCGGCGGUCAGACUGGAUCAGGGACAUCCAGGCUCUGCUCCGGGACCACAAGCAGGAGCGGGCCAUGCAGGUGUUAAGAAUGCUCCGCAAGGACCUGGGCCUGGAGGGGACAUUCCUCAAUGACAUCCUGUACAGACAUGUCACCUUCCUGAACCUGGUGGACCCCAUCUCCCACGAGUUGCUCCUGAGCCUGUCCAGGGAGCUCCAGUGCCCCCGCAAGGAACAUGACCAAAUGAAAUCUACAGACCGUAUUUGCCGACAACUUCUAUACCAUCUUACACCACACUCCAAGUGGCAUCGGCAUAGCCUCCAUCGCAGGAAGAGCCUAGCAUGCCUGAAGAACAGCCUGCUGCAGAAGCCAAAUUCAGAAACUCUGGAUCUGUCUGGUAUCCCAUUGUCCCCCCGUGAUGUACAACGUGUUUCCCUCUACUUGCAGAAUCAAGGAGACAGUCUCACCAGUGUGGACCUGAGUUUCACUGAACUCACAGAUGGUACUCUGGAGCUGGUCUUGCCCACUCUUGCAACGCUCACCAACCUCACGCACCUGGCACUCAAUGGGAAUCGCCUUUCCUGUUGCACCCUGAAGGAACUCAGUGAAGCCAUGAAGGAUAGUGCCAACUUUCCUUCACUGAGCUGGAUGGACUUGGGCAAUAAUGUAGAUAUCUGCUCCAUGCCACAGCCACUGCUCCUGGGGUUGAGGAGACGCUUGUGCCAGCAGAAUCUUCUUCCUACCAUCCCUGAAGCUCAGGAUGGUGAUAUGUCAGAGGGAGGGUUUCCUAUCCCUUUUCAACAGCUGCCCUGGGACAGGUGAAAUCCCUGGCAGCAGCAUUCAUGGUGAUAGUAACUUAAUCCCCUUACUUUUCCUCCUCACACCUGUUGAAACCAACUUAAAUAAAGCAGAAAGUGAGUCUCACACUCGCUCUACCACAGUCCUGCCUUCAUCCACCAAGGGAAUUUGCAAAACACAGAUGCCCCAUGGAAUCAUUUAACUGUACAGCCUGGAUGAAGAACCCAAUGGCAGGCAAGCAGGAGAACAUGAGAGCUUGGUUCCUGCUUCAUCACCGCCUGUUCUAAUCUCUAAACAAAAGGGACCAGGAAUCACAGACGGGCAGAGCCAGACCUGCUGUGUCAGGAAUAUUAGGAAAGGGAGUGGGUACCCAAGAAACAAGGGAGGGAGCAUCGGCUAUCCUAAUGUGGCAUGAUUGUUAAGCAAAGGCAAAGGGAUGUCUGGAACGCCCUAAGAAAUAAACUUGCUCAGUACACUGGUUAAUAGUAUAGAGUAUAAACUCAAAUAAUGGACUGACGUCUGCAGAGACAGAUACACCAUGGACUUUAAGUAAAUUGCAGUGCCUACAGGUAUCCAACUUUCAAUCACACAAAGGAUGAUUUACACAUACGAUUUAUGGGUGCCACACGUUUAACAUCUCGCCAAUCUGCAACCUCUGUACUUAGAGCAGAAGAAUGGACAUUCUUGUAAUUUGCCAUUUGUGACUUUGCAAUGUUAAAGGGGGUUUUCUAAUAUUGUUCAACCUUCAAAUAUGCAUUAAAUUAGUUGUUUAACUUGUUUGUAUGAAACUAAAUAUUGUACAAUUACUACGUCUCUUGAUGAGUCUGACAAACGAUUACAGCUUUGUAACAGGGCUACGCAGGCGACUGCUAUGUAAACUGCCAGUCCGUCAGCUGUUGUGACUGACAGACAGAACCUUAGCAACUUGGCCGGUUAUCAAAAUCCAUUUAAAACAAACAAAGCUGACCCAUUCACAGUUACAAUGGUGAGCAUUACGGCUCUGAAGGUUUCAGAAAUCUGGAGAUGAAUAGAAAACUAUUUCAGUUGCUUAGUGAGGCUGUGACUCACUUCACUGAGGCAGAUGUGAGUUAUAUAACAAAAUGUAGGACUUGUGCUCAUUUACUGACAAAUAUUUGGAGUUAUAUGGUUAAAUUCAGUUAGGGUCCCUUUAAAGGAAAUCAGAGCACUGCAGUUUUUAUUUGGCAGUGGCAAACAUAAAUCUAGAUUGCCAUAAUUAUUUUGAACUAGGAGAUGUACUGUUAGAAUUGCAUCAUUACUAUUAAACAUUGCAGUUUAAGUGGCAACAGAAAUCCAAUACAAAUCCAGAGUAUGCAAAAAAAAAAAAAAAAUCAUGCCAAGGUAGAGAAACAGUUAUACACACGU